ACUGUUUUAGAUAAUUAGUUCACUUUGCAAUCAGCCUAAGCACUAUAAAUAAGCCACAGUUAAGCUGUCUGUGUGGAGUACAAUGGAAGGAGCAGUAAGAGUGAGAAGAGUGCAAAUCAGAGGAGGCCAAGGGAGAGGACGUGGAGGUGAAGAAGUGAGAGGGUUAGAAGAAGUUAGAGGAAGAGGACAAGGAGGAGCAAGAAGUGGACGAGGAGGGGACAGAGGAAGGGUAAGAAGAGUAAGAAAUAGAAUAACUGAUGACAUCAGAGCUACAAUAGUGGAUGAUGUCAUCAACCAUGGGAUGACCCUGAGGGAAGCUGGCCAACGGGUUCAGCCUAAUUUGAGCCGCUACACUGUGGCAAGCAUCAUUAGGACAUUUCGAAAUGAAAAUCGAAUUGCUAGACGUCCAGAUGUUGGGGGCAGAGGAAGAAUGUUCACUCCAGAGCAAGAGACCCAUAUAGUGAACAUGGUGAUUUCCAAUAAUGCGAUAAGACUGCGCGAAAUACAGCAGCGCAUAAUUGAUAAUGACACCAUCUUUCAAAAUAUACACAGUGUAAGCAUUUCUGCACUAAGUUUACAGAGUUCCUUUCGAGAGAAACACAAAACGUGUAAAGCAACUAGAGUGAUGGAACUAGAAGCAGAUGCCAUGGGACAUGAGCUACUUUUUGUAGAUGAUGCCGGUUUUAACCUCAGUAAAACCAGGAGACAUGGCAGGAACAUUACUGGACACCGUACCAUCAAUGUCCCAGGACAACGUGGUGGCCCAUACAACACUGCACACAUUAUUGCAUUCCUGGACCCCUUACAUGACAUGCUCACUGGUGCCUUGGACUGGAGGAUACCGCAUGCGAUGUGGAUGAAAUUUUGUGGCCGGACCAGGAAAGACGACAUGAUGUAG